UUCUUAAGCUCCCUGAAGAAGAGCCUUCUCUUACAGAAAUUAAGGAUGAAAUUAGGGAUAUUAAAGCGAUUAUUAAAGAUCUGCCCACCCUUAAGGAUCUUAAGGAUCUAAAAGAAUCAUCGAAGAUCUGA